AUGGGAGGCUCGCGGCUGCUGCUCACAGGACUGAUGGUCAUCGCAGCUUGCUCUCAAUCUCUCUGUGCGUCAGGCAGUUGCAGUGAGGAGGUGGCUCGUCUGCGGGAACAGGAGACGCUUCUGAAGGGCCGGCUUCAGAAACAAGAGGUCCUCCUACACAGACUGCAACUGCUGAGCCAACCGGGCACCGAGGACAGACCCGGCCAGAGCCAGGACAACGAGUCCACAGACUGCUCCCAGCUCUUCACUUCUGGCUCCAAAUCCAGCGGUUUCUACACAAUCAAACCCCACGGCAGCCCUCAGCCAGUCAGAGUCUACUGUGACAUGAGUGAUGGAGGUGGUUGGACCGUCAUUCAGAGACGGAUCGACGGGACGCAGAGGUUUAACAGGUCGUGGGCAGAGUAUAAAGAUGGUUUUGGAGACAUGGAUGCAGAGUUUUGGCUCGGAAAUGACAACCUGCAUUACAUCACAACACAAGGGAACUAUUCUCUGAGGAUUAACCUGGGAGACUUUGAUGGUUACCAGGGCUACGCCGAGUACAAUAACUUCAAAGUGGCCAAUGAAAAGGAUCACUACCGACUUACCUUUGGAACCUAUGUCGGCACAGUUGGAGAUGCUCUGUCUGGAAGAUAUGAGGUUGGCGUGUUAGAGUGGGCCAGUCACCAGGGCGUCCAAUUCAGCACCUACGACCAGGAUAACGACAACCACAAAGGAAACUGUGCAAAGGAAGACAAAGGAGGCUGGUGGUUCAACAAGUGUCACUCAGCCCAUCUUAAUGGCAUGUACUACCCCAAUGGGUACUACAGUGCAUUGACGGAUGACGGUGUAGUUUGGUACACUUGGAGAGGAUGGUGGUACUCCCUGAAGACAAGCGUCAUGAAGCUGCGACCGACCGACUUCAAAAUGGAUCCCGUUGACGACCCCAACGCUGUCCCUCGCAGACCAGCUUCCUAG